AUGGGCCCCCUCUCGGCGCGGCUGCUCAUGCAGCGGGGGCGUCCCAAGAGCGACCGGCUGGGGAAAAUCCGGAGCUUGGACUUGUCUGGCCUGAAGCUGCUCUCGGAGCACUUGGACCCCAAGCUCCUGAGCCGCUUGACGCAGCUGCAAGAGCUGGACCUUUCCAACAACCAGCUGGAGACGCUGCCCGCCAAUCUGGGCUUGUCCCACCUGCGCAUCCUCCGCUGCGCCAACAACCAGCUGGGAGACGUCACUGCCUUGUGUCAAUUCCCGCAGCUUGAGGAGCUGAGCCUGGAAGGCAACCCCUUCCUGACUGUCAGUGACAACCUGAAAGUCUCCUUUCUCCUGCCCAAGCUCCGUAAGGUCAAUGGCAAGGAUGCUUCCUCCACUUCCUCUCAGGUGGAGAACCUAAACCGGGAGCUGACCAGCAGGGUCACCGCUCACUGGGAGAAGUUCAUGGCCACACGGAGCCCAGAGGAGGAGGCAGAGAAGGCCCAGGCUGACUUUGUGAAGUCCGCAGUCAGGAACGUCCGCUAUGGGCCUGAGUCCCUCAGCGAGUUCACCCAGUGGCGGGUGCAGAUGAUUUCUGAGGCGCUGGUGGCCUCUGGUGGGACCCAGGUGCAUGAGACCGGCAUCCCGGAGAGGCCUUCAAAAGCCACAGCCGCCCAGGAGCCCAGGGCCAGACCGAUGGCCUUGAAACGAUCGGGUGACGUCUCACUCAGCUUGUCUCCCAGCAAGCGGGGAUGCCCCUCCCCACCGGCCCAUGUGGAAGGCAGCCCCAUGGGCUCCGAUGGCAGCCAGCCUGCCCUGGACCUGGAGCCCCUGCACUUUCUGCAGUGUCACAGCAAGAACAACAGCCCUCGGGACCUGGAGACCCAGCUCUGGGCCUGCGCCUUCGAGCCGGCCUGGGAGGAGGGGCAGGCAGGGGCCACAUCACAGACCGUGGCCACGUGUGGCGGGGAGGCCGUGUGUGUGAUAGACUGUCAGACGGGCAUCGUACUGCACAAGUACAAGGCGCCUGGCGAGGAGUUCUUCUCGGUGGCCUGGACAGCCCUGACAGUGGUCACGCAGGCAGGCCACAAGAAGCGCUGGAGUGUGCUGGCGGCUGCAGGCCUGCGGGGCCUGGUCCGGCUGCUGCACGUGCGUGCUGGCUUCUGCUGCGGAGUCAUCCGGGCCCACAAGAAGGCCAUCGCCACCCUCUGCUUCAGCCCCACCCACGAGACCCACCUCUUCACGGCCUCCUAUGACAAGCGGAUCAUCCUCUGGGACAUCGGGGUGCCCAACCACGAUUAUGAAUUCCAGGCCAGCCAGCUGCUCACACUCGAUGCUGCCUCCAUCCCGCUGCGCCUCUGCCCUGUGGCGUCCUGCCCGGAGGCCUACCUGCUGGCUGGCUGCGAGGGUGGCUGCUGCUGCUGGGACGUGCGGCUGGACCAGCCUCAGAAGAGGAGGGUGUGUGAGGUGGAGUUUGUCUUCUCCGAGGGCUCGGAGGCACCAGGGCGGAGAGUGGACGGGCUGGCGUUUGUGAAUGAGGAUGUCGUGGCCUCCAAGGGGAACAGCCUGGGCACCAUCUGCCUGUGGAGCUGGAGCCAGACAUGGGUGGGCCGGGGCAAGCAGUCCACACUAGCGGUGGUGGUCCUGGCUCGGCUGCAGUGGUCACCCACCAAGCUGGCCUACUUCUCGCUCAGCACCUGUCCUGAUGAGGGCAUCGUGCUCUGUGGAGACGAGGAGGGCAACGUGUGGGUCUACGACGUCAGGCACAUCCUGACCCAGCAGCCUCCACUGCCGGCAGCUCCACAGGCCCCGACGCAGCUAGAUGAGCCAACACAGAAACAUGGCUACGUGAACCGACACGGGUCAGUGUCCUGCAGAAAAUGCACGUUUACGUGCGAGCUGCCAGAACAAGCACCCAGAUCUUCCAGUAGCUCAGAAAGACCAGGAAAUCUGGAAUUUCUGCUCUGCCUCAGAGAGCCCCCUAAACACUGCCCAAGAGCCUUUGACUUGGAACUUACGAUUUAA